AUGAAGGCCGUCAUACUCACAUUCUUUGCAAGCAUCGCAGCGGCUCAACGGGUCUGCAAUGGAGCCUACGAGCUUCACGAUGACAUGACGACUGCCGGUACGGCUGCCGGUAAGAUGGCAGCCAAUCCGAACCCGUGUACGAACGGUGGCGCUGCAUUUGCUGCUUCAUACAACUUUGCAGGUUCACCAAAGACGCUCAAAGCAUACCCUCACGCGUCUAUGACGCACGGCAAAGGCGUCGCGCUGACGUCGAUCCAAGCGAUCAAUGCCGUCAUGAAUUGGGAUUGGCUCCAGUCUGGCACGACAGAAGCUCUCACGGGAAUCAAGAUCAUCUCUGGUCACCAGUACAUCCUCGUCGUACUCUCUACACGGGGUACAACAGCACCUGGCACACUGCUUGGCUCAGUCGUUCUGGGCAAUCGCAACUGGUGGCUCUAUCGCCAAGGCGACUCGUUCUCUUUUGUCAACGGACAGGUCUCACCCUCUGCCAAGACUUUCCACACAGAUCUGAUGAUAUUUGUGAGAUACAUCAGAACAGGCUACGGAUUGCCUCUCGAGGGCACGCUCGAUGCAGUCCAGGGCGGUACAGAGAUCAUGUACGGCCAAGGCGGAUUCCUGUUGCUUCACUUCAGUGCGGUCACCGUUCACUUCCACAAGAUCAGCCAAGAACGCAAGAUGAUGUUGGUCUCACUCAUGCUGCAGGUCAGCGCAUGCACAGCCUCGCUCGUUCGCCAACAUCGACACGCUCGCGGUCUCACGCUAGAGAGCUCGCUUGGUCAACCGAUCGAGUUGAGCAAACAGUGGGCCAAACAGACUCUGUGCGAUCGGUAUCAGUUCCAGAACGACCUCUACCGGAGCGAUCGUGCUAUCAGUGGUACCCAGACGGGCAAGGUCUACCCAUGUAAUGCCAAACAGCAGGCUGUAUGGUCGACCACGUGGAGCUGGGAAGGCGGCAAGGCAGGUAUUCCCAAAUCGUACUCCAACGUCGCUCUAGUGGACAACAUGGGCAAGCCGUUGAGUUCUUACACGACACUCCAGACAGAAUGGUCAUGGCAGUAUACGAAUGCGACUGAGGACGUCGCUGCCGAUAUUGCGUACGAUCUCUUUCUCGCAUCCGGCAUGUCAGGCACAGAUCAAGGCAUAGCAGACGAGACCUCAAAAUUAGAGCUCAUGAUAUGGCUUAGCCAACGCGGGGGUGUUCAGCCCAUCGGGCACAAGACAGGCGACGUCACGCUGCUCGAUAAUGAUUUUCAGAUCUGGCAGGGUAACCAGACGAUGGGCGGUAAUUCAUGGCCUGUCGUUAGCUUUGUCAACGUCGGCAGUGAGCAUUAUGACGACUUCAAGGGCGAUGUGAUGCCCUUCUUCGACUGGAUCGAACAGACCGGCGGUCUCGACCGGACGCUCAACCUGGCAAGUUUCCAAGGCGGCGUUGAGCCUGUCAAUGGCACGGCAACGCUCCUCACGACCGCCUUCAGCGCAUCUGCUGUGUAG